CAACCGCUUUUUCCGGUCACGUGACCCAACAUGUCCGCCUUCCAUUUGCCCUGAUCGGAUUGCUAGCCGCCCUGGGAAUAUUUUUGAAGUAGGAAGGCGCGGAUCAGCAGGUGUUUGUCGCCGACGCAGUGAGCGUGCGUCGCCCGUGAAGGACCAUGAGCGACGACGACCACUUCGACUUUCUCUUUAAGAUCGUGCUGAUCGGCGACUGCGGCGUCGGCAAAACUUGCGUCGUCCACCGAUUCAAGAGCGGAAUGUACGUCGAGCGUCACGGCAACACUAUCGGCGUGGAUUUUGCCAUGAAGACGCUCACGGUCGAAGGCAAAAAAGUCAAGCUCCAGAUAUGGGACACGGCAGGACAAGAGCGCUUCCGGACAAUCACCCAGAGCUACUACCGCAGCGCCAACGGUGUCGUCAUUGUUUACGACAUCACGAAGAGGUCGUCAUUCCUGAGUCUACCGCGCUGGGUCGAAGAAGUGCGGAGGUACACGGGUUGUAAUGUGCCUCUGCUGCUUGUAGGAAACAAAUGCGACUGUGAGAGCUUGCGGGAAGUGACACAGGAGGAGGCACAAGCCUUGGCCGACCAGUACCCAGAGUUCAUGGCCACCAUUGAGACAAGCGCCAAGGAGAACACCAACAUUGAGUCCGUGUUUGUCAUGCUCGCCACCGAACUUAAGAACACCCACGACCCCGUCGGACACCUGACCGACGAGGACCUGCGCCGAAUCUCCCUCAACACGAGCAAGGUCGGGCCCAAGGCGGCAUGCUGCACAAAACUGUGAUGGAGAGAAAAUUCCUCACUCGACGAGGGGAGGGGGCAGGCUCUAACAUUUUUUUCCCCUCCUUCCAUCCUGGGUGCUGCCUGCAGAGUAUUUUUUCCACAUACCCUCCUUCUUUCACUACCAGAACAAUGCAAUUUGGGAGCCACACUACAACUUGUGUCUCCGGUUUAAUUUGCCCAUCAUACGUGGCAGCUUCCAGCGAAAAAAUGAAAAAUUUGCGACUUGGAUAGUUACCUGACAAUGCUGGGUAGAGAAUGCACUGUGCUGCAGGAGUCAACGGCUUGCACCCAUUUGUUGAGUGGGCUCCGAGGUUGAACAAACAUAUCAACUUUUUGAAUGUCUUUGCGGUUGUGAACACCCGCCGUCUUCUCAGAACUGCCUUUUGGCACACGGUCACACACGUGCAGUGUCCCAGCAGUGCAAAGUCCUUUUUUUUUUUCACUUUGUUGUAAAUGCUGUGUACGCCCUCUGAGGCGCAGAACCAAACAUCUUAAAAAAAGGACUAUAAAAACACUCCGUGCCUUUUUAGCCUUUUGGCAAUGCCGAAGUGCCCCACAAAAACUGCACUCUUUAUUCUGCUUUGUGAGUGGGGAGUGCUCAUGGGUAGUUUCACGUGACCCACGUUUCUAAUAAAGGUGUCGCUUUUCAAGUGUGAUGCGCUCGCUCGAAGGCCUGAGUGAGCCAAUGACAGCACAUCUUUUCAUAGCCUUUUAACAAUGACUACUCCAACUAAUGAAGCACUCAGGAUACAUAUUUGCGAGUUUUACUCAGUGUUUUUGCCCACUAGUCAGACUGUUUGUUUAUUCAUGGCCAUUUAAUCUUACAAAGUCUCUUUCCUAGUUUUUGAGCAUGCAAAGAUCAACAUAUGUAAUGAAAAGUUAAGGAUUCCAUGACUGCUUGCUGACGCAGGCAUGGAUUGAUUAGGUCCAUUCUAUUUGUCUGCACUGUGUAAUCUAGUUGAGGAACUAGCUGUGAUGGCUCAGUUGCCAUAGCCUUCUUCUGCUGAGCAUGGUAUCAAAGUUUGGUUUCUGGCUACAGCAGUGGUCGCGCUUUAGUAGGGCCAAAAUGUAAAAAUGCUUGUGCACUUAGAUUUAAGUUCAUGUUAAACAAUCCCAGGUGGUCAAAAUUAAUUGGGAGGCAUACGCUACGCCACCCCUCAUACCCCAGUGUAGUCUUGAGACAUUAAACCUCAUGAGCCGAUCAAUCAAUCUGUCUAGUUGUGAUGUAAGGAGGAUAGCAAAGUUCUGUGCUAUUGAUAUUAUCGAUGCGGUGUUGCAGCAUCUCCACAUCGCCAUCUUAUUGCACAAUCCGAGUGUCGUGCAGAAUCAGUUUACAGCAUUCUCCACACUUUUUAAAGAGGUGGUGCAGGCUUCAUGCAAAAGGUGUUAGCUCAUUCAGCAGGUGCACAGAACUGACGUAAACAAAGCUAGAAGUGCAGGGUGAAUAGAACAGGUCUUAGGCUUUUCCAGGCUCUUGCACAAGUUGAAUAAAGCAGCAGCUAGACUACAUUGCUUGUAGUCAUAGAUUACCAAAUGACUUGUGACAGCUUGCGUGACUGCUUGUGAUAGCUGUCACUACAAUUAGCAUUGUCAAUAAUGUAGGAGCUAGAAUAGCUGUAGCACCAUUUUCUUGAUUGCUGUUCGUGGUAGCAGCGCUGCCAAAUUCCAAAUGCUGGCCUGCAUAACCAGGUUGCCGCAAGUUAAUUCAUGUAAAAAUCUUUCGCUGAAGAAUGUUGCUCUUUUGACAUGUCAAUGUUUCUGUGUGCAGCAGUGGUCUAGGUGUGCUUUAAACACGUAACAAGGGUCAGGUUAGUGACAAGAAAACAGGCAAAGCGAAGCACGAUGAAACUGUCUAGACAAGGUUUGUCAUGCUUCACCUCAUCUGUUCUCGUGCUGGUGUGUGUGGUUCUUUUUUUUUUCGUUUUUGUCGCUAACCUGUCGCUUGUUAUGCCUUUAAACAGUAGCCUUGAUGUUUAAUUGCCAUUGCAGUAUUACUGGCAGUGGUCUGCUUAGCAAAUGGUUGCUGAUUUUCCAACUUCACAGGUGUGGUUUACUCAUCCAAAAGCUACUUUGUGUGAGCUGGUCAUGCCACUGUUGACUUCCAUCCACUGUCAUGCAACUAGUAUGCACUCUGACAUCUUUUACUUCAAUCAGCCAUGCUACUAAUAUGCACUGACAACUUUUUGUGUACAUUGCUUAGUGAAUUCCUUUGAAUCGCCCGGAAAGUGCUCUCGCAGUUGCUUGUGCUGGUUUUAACAGCAUUCAUUAACAGGGCACUGCAACACUUUUUAAACACGUCAAGAAAACACUUCCGAUCUGUAGGACAGUGCUGUUGUGAACAUGCGAGCUGGUGCACGUACCAGGAAGGCCACAGUCUCUCAUGAUAGAUAGUUUGCUGUCUCCUGUGACUUUUGAGCUCUCUUCUCUUUUGCCACCAUUGAAGGCAUCAUAGCCUGCAAGACAGCCCAUAGACACCAGGCAUUGAGAAAUUGUUCAUGGCCAUGAGCUAAUGAUUCCGUUACUUCUGAGUGAAAAUUCACACACACCUGUGCACCCCUCCUAUGUCCUGGCAAACGGAGAUUGCUGAUGCACCCUGGCCAUCCUGUAAGUGAGUCUUUGCUGCUCUCUGGCACCUUUGUAAGAUGUCAACCUAGAAAAGUUCCAUAAGUGCACUGUGGAAAGAAGGAAAGGGAAAAAUUAUCAAUAGCUAAGGCAAUGCUAUCAGAGCUGUCCCAGUCGACUGGAAAUGUUCAGUUCAGGGAGAAUGGGGUAAAAUAGAUAUCGUGCUCCUUAUGUCCUAUCCAUAUUAGGUCCUUUUCAAAAAUUUCUGCUGUGAUAUAUUCUUCCUCAAAAAGAGGUGUGGCAGGGCUCCUUUAUUAAAGCCAGCAUGAGCACUCAAAAGUACUCUUGUUCGCUAAGUUGUAUUCACUAUUUGUUAAAAAUGUUUCAGGAGUUCACUUGCAUUGUAUUCUUAGCCAGCAACAUUUGUUGUUGCAUCAGAUUCACCUCACCAAGUUGUUCAAAUACGUUGCUACAUUUAAAGCUACAAUGCAGGCACUAUGUAAAAAUGGGCCGACAUGGGAUGCUGUAUGUUUAAAAGCAAGAACACAGCUUUGACGUGUAUAGGAUCUCAGUGAGCUGCCAUGUGAGGAAAUGUUUACUUGUGUAGAUUUUAGUCGUUUUGCUUUAGCCAGGGCAGGUGCACUUUAUUGAAGAUGCAAUAGAUUCCCGUUAAAACUAACUUCAAGGGACCGUGAAAGCAUGUUCAUUUUAUCAGAAGUAUACCUUAAAAGUGAUCCAGCAAGCUGAAAAUCUAUUACUGGUGCAUCCAAAUGUCCACAACAUAAAACAAUAAAUGAAACAGAAUUAAAGCCAAAAUGCAGAUGUGUAAAGAUUGUUGCUUGCUGGUGUUGUACAACACUGCGCACUGUUAGAAAAGCUGAAGUUUGACCUAGCUUGCUGAAGAAUUGUCCUUAUGUUGUUGAUAAAAAUGCACCAAAGUAUUCAGGACAUUAUCAGCUGAGCAUGUGUGGACACUGCUCAUUCUUGUAACUCCUGGGCAGUCCCUGCACCAUAAUUAUCAGCCUGCAAAGGAACGUUGAGGACCUAAUUAAUCACUGUUUCUGUGGUGCCAGCCCAGCAGUUUUUCUCGUCAUUGUCAAUACUAGUGUAGCCGUUUGCCUCCGAAAACACCAUUUGCUUGUCGUGUAGAUAACAGUCGCCUCCUCCAAGUCCACUGAUCAGAGUCUUUUGAUGAACCAAGUUGCUGGUAUCUAUGGCAUCUGGCAAAGAUUGGCUUAACCAAAUUAGAGGUUCAUGUUAAGCAAAUUUCUUUGCGUUAGGUCUAUGGGAAACCAACCAAACAUUCCCACAUUUAUCUUAUACAAAAGUUUGGUUUAACUUGGUUCAUCUUAAAGGGAGUCUUCUGUAUUGUUACUUAUAUUCAUUUUUUCUGCAGCUGUAGUAUUUAUCUUGAGCGUGAAAUGCAAAUAUAUUCACAAACUUUCUUAAACUGCAGAAUAGCAACAGUUUGCUAUGGCAGUUUUCCCACUUAGCUGGAUCACUUCACAAGAAUGCCAUAUAUUGAUAUGCAAGUACAUGCAUAUUGUCAGUUGGUGCUAGACACUGAAACACCUGUGUUCAAGUACAAUUAGCUGGGAAUGGGUUUACAUGUAUCAAGGGCCUUAUGACAGAGAGAACCUGCACUGGUGUAUUUGGACAUUUCAUUCAUUGACUUCUCCCUGUGCAGAUCACCAGUUUGAAAAAUUGCAAACAGAAUGUCUGGCUUUGCAUUCCAAAGCAGGCAGUGCCAUACCCUCUUUCUUGCCUUCCCUGUGACAUGCUCUACAGGGUAAAUGAAAAUAUUCAUGCUGUUGUUAAAUGUGUAAGCAGUCUGUAAUGAUCCUUUGAAUCCUAAUCCUGCUUGCAACUAGAGUUGGACUUCUGUUUCUUUGGCAUCAGCAGGGCGUAAAACAUUCACAAAUGAUUUUAGUGACUUGGAGGUCAGUGCAGCGCAUGCUUUUGUAAUUUCCACUAAGUGUCCCUGCGUUCAUUUGAAAAAAAAAACUUAAGUGCAUUAGUAUUUGGAAAUGAACCUGGCACAAGUAAAUUUAAAUUAUUAAGCUGGUGUCUGAUUUGUUCUUGGUGAUCUCUAAAUAGCUGAAAGACAGCAGUGUAAAGCAAUGAUCUAUUUUGUUUUUAGCUGUGGCAAUCGAUACAUGCUGAAAGAACUGGAAAGCUGCAAAAUGCUCUGACGAGUUUCUGUGGCAUGGAGGCAGAAGAAAGCACUCUCAUCCCGUUACAUGUGCAUAAAGGUUGUGGUGUUAUCUGCAAGAAAAACUGACAUGCAUCUGCAGAUGCUAGGCUGCGUAUUUGUUUACAGCUGUUCACAUAUUGUGCAUGUUGCUGCGCUGUGUUACAAUAGACAGCUAUAGGAGAGCAUUGCUUACAGUCCACUCUCUUCACGUAUUGUGCACUGCAGAGAACUGUGUUGAUUUCACAUUUUUUUAUAAGUGCUCCUCCCAGAGAUGCAAGCAGUGAGCAGUCAACUUGGCUGCAAAAUGACACAGAAGCCGAUUGGAUGCUCCUUCCAUUCACUGAGCUUGGCAGUGUAGCGAGGGCAACAUUAUGAGGUGGUAUUCUCGGGCCACUUUGAGAUAGUUGCACUUUUGCAUUCAUGCGACUAGCGCUAGAUUCGUAAGCAUCUACAGGCAACAUCAUUCCUGGCACAAUGCCAAGCGCACUGUCUGGAACAGUGCCAGGAACACUGUUGUCUGAAGAUGCUGCAGUGUUUAGUGCUAGUAGCACGAAAUUUCGUGAAAAGCAAACUACCCCUGGAAGCAAUUGCCAGAGAAUACCAACCCCACCUUCCACUGCGGCAGGAGCAUUGUGUGCAUUUGCACUUGAGCAGCUGCAUGCAAAUUGUGAGGAUAUGCUAAUCGGAAUGAAUCGGACUGUGAGCACUGAGCUAAAGCCUGCUGAUCUUGUGUUCGUAUAACUGACAUUGGACACUACAAGUUUGUGUUCACAAGCCUUCCCUCACAUUAGAAAUUUACAUCCCUCGACUGGGUAAUAAGUUGUUUAAUAUAAGCAGAUACCAUUUUUGCAGAGUUGCUUUUAAAGUUCUCCAGUUGCUUGUCAAUGCUUUGUGCAGUUGUAGGUGUUCAGUGUUUUGUUACAAAAAAUUGCUUCACAUGUAUCUUGAUAUUCAUUUGUGUUUUCUGCGUGGUCAAUAUUGCCAGGUAGCCUGGUUUGGUGCAUUCGUUCAGAUGUGCUACUCUUCAGAAUUGCAGAGCAGCCUAAUAUUCUUCUUCCAUGCAAUUUAAGAUUGUAAUGAAAAUGCUUGUUUAUGGAAGUUUUUCUGCAACGUUCAUAAGAGAUAUAGCUGUCUCCAAAAAUAUGUUUGGAAGUGCAAUGUACCAGGCCCGUUUCCAACUCAAACAAUGUGCAUGUUUAUAUCACUAUCAUAUGAAAUGUUAUAAUCAAAAAUGGGAGAAAUAUGUACAGAAAUAUUUGGUUUUAAGUGGACUAUAUGAAAUACUGUGCUCCUUUAGGGCUGCUUUUUGUGCAAGUUGUGCUGUGUGUUUGGGCUUGUUUUAAGAAUCUAUUUGCAUACCACCUGAUCAUCCCAGUCUGCCACAUUCAUCUAGAACAUGACAGCAGUGUGCUUAGAAAUGUAUGUGCACAUUCUAUCCAGGCCACUGUUUUGAGACAACCUUCUUUAAGCAUGCAUUGCCUGUUGGUCUGUCCACUAAUCCACAUGCUUCUGUUUUUUAGUGCUGUCCGAGUUAUUUUUUUUUUAAGAAUGUUCCUUCAAUAACUAGCCAGACUUGCAAUCAUUCCCUCGUGCGCCUCGUUCUUUUUUUUUUCAAUACCACAAUUUCAUGACAGGUGAGCCUCAGCACUCACCUAGCUGCAAAGAUAGCCAUCUUUACUGCACAAAAAGCAGCUAACUAGCAAUGGUGUGACAGUCGGGCAGUGCUUGCUCAGAGGCAAAUGGUCUCAACUCAGCGGUCAAUGGUGGCGAAUGUUAAAAACAUAGCCCGCAACAGUGAUCCCAUUUCAGACAAGCCAAGGGCUGCGCGAACAAUCGUUUGGGCCCUGACAGGAUGAUAAAUUGAACUGAAGAUUGAACAAACUGGUGCCAAAUAAACAGAAGUUGACUCUAGCAUCACUUUGCUAUGGUUCCCACAAAUGAUCACAGUGUGUCACACACAUCUGUCGUAAGACUUGCAUGUAGACUAUUUGAAAUGCCACCCAUUGAGUUCUGUGCACUGGCAUGUUCUUUCCUUUGUAUGUGUGUGUGUGUCUGAACAAUGUGCAAUGUUUUAGCUUAGCCAAACAAUCACAUGCCAGAUGUGGCACAGAGAACUAAUUAGGAGGAAGGAAAUCUCGGUGCUGGUGCUACCGUGUACUUGUUUAAAGAAGUGUUGGAAGUUUCUUUUUUUUACCAUUUGUAAGCUCAAAGAUACUUGUAUUUGGUGCUUCAACAGAUUAUAUUGCACCCCAUUUGUGCUUGCUAAUGCAAGUGUAGUUGGCAGCGUGUUGAAUGCCUGUUUUUAAAUGUUAGGGCUGCUUUAUAAAUAAUGGCACUCUCGAAACAUCUUAGUGCAGAAUAUUUUCAUGUUGGCACGCUCCUGGAAUAAAUGGAAGUUGUUGCGA